GUUCCGUGCGGUCGGUUUCAAGCCCUUUUUGUCCGAAGGCGGUUGUUCGGUUAUGAAUGUUUGUUUUUUGUUCAGCGGAAUCCACCCAAAUCUAAGCGGCAGGCUUCUGUUCGAGCGUUUAUGAUUGAUGAUAAUUGGAAUCAACGACAGUAUAUUGUGUAGAUUAUCUAGUAGAAGAAGUUUGUUCGAACAUAAGGUGAACUAUUCGUUUAACAAUCAUCUGUGUUUGUGAGAUACGUGUCUGCCCUGCCACCCAGUACUGCUCGAGAUACUCAAAGAAUGAUUGUAUACAUCCGGAUCGAACCGAGCGGCUAGGAAGGAAGGCAACGAAUGGACCGACCGUCCUGCUGUGUUCAUUGUCGACGACUGAUUCAUUGAGAGUAGUGAGUGAGCGAAGACACCAUUUGGCAUAUCGUUUUGUUGGCAGUUCCCGAUCUUUCGUGGCUGAGGGAACCGUGCAACGGGGAGCAGCUGCAUAUACAGCUUAUUUUCCGAUGCAAUUAGGAAUUGCAUCCGCCGAAAAUACGCGACUUACGGUGACGGGCGGUUUUGGCCGGCGCCAUCGUCGUUAGAAUGCAAUCAACCAAGGACCACUACGGCGUACGUUCGAGUGCACUCUAGGAGAUGGGCAAUCACAAAACAGUGCAACAAUAGUAGUUAAAGGGUGAACAAAACAAAAAAAAGAGUAUUCUUAGUCGGAGAUCUGCGAGAUAAAAAAGUGCAUCGUUGCUCAUAUAUGCUGAUAGCGGUUCCGGACGCAUUAAUAUCCCAAAGUGGCGCGGAAAAUAGUAACAGGAGCAACAGAGUGCCGUAACAGAGCCUAGAAAUGGGACACAUAAAUUUUGUGGAGCUGAGGCUAUUGUUGAAUGUACUGUUCGUUGCGAUUCUGGUGCGCGGUCAUGGCUCACCACAGUCGGAUUUGCAGCCAGAGUUUUUGGCUCCAUUGGACAAUCUCACGGUGACACAGGGACGCGAUGUGUCAUUCACCUGCGUGGUGAACAAUCUUCUACAAUAUCGGGUGGCAUGGAUAAAGUCCGACUCGAAGGCGAUUCUGGCCAUCCACACCCAUAUGGUGGCGGUGAAUCCGCGCCUGUCGGUUACGCACAACGGGCACAACACCUGGAAGCUGCACAUUUCGCACGUGCAGCUCAACGACUCCGGAAGCUACAUGUGCCAAGUCAACACAGAUCCGAUGCGGCAUCAGUCUGGACAUCUGGACGUGGUAGUUCCUCCGGACAUUCUAAACAGCAACGAUCCGAACAGUGCUUCUCUGGAGGAAGGCAUCGCCAAUGAGGGUGGCAAUAUACAACUAUUGUGUCAAGCGGUCGGUGUACCGCUACCGAAUGUCCAAUGGCGUCGGGAGGGCGGUAAGGACAUCGUUCUGCGAUCCGAUGGUCGAGAGAAACAAGUGGUGAAGCUUGUCGAAGGAGAACGGCUAGUUCUGAACCAGGUGCAGCGAACCGACAUGGGAGGGUAUUUGUGCAUUGCCUCCAACGGUGUGCCUCCCUCGGUGAGCAAGCGAUACGACGUGCAAGUCAAUUUUUCGCCCAGCGUGAAAGCCGGUAAUCAGCUGGUGGCAGCUCCAGUCGAAAGUCACGUCAUGCUGCAGUGUAUUGUGGAAUCUUUCCCGACGCCGCUCAACGGGUGGUACAAAAACGACGGAAUCAAGCUCUACGAAGGGGAAAAGUACAUUAUCAGCGAGGAAAAACUGAAUCUCUUCACCUGGCAGCUUAAUUUGACGGUAAAAAACCUGCAAAAGUCCGACUUCGGAGCGUACGCGUGCUCUAGCAUCAACGCUUUGGGGAAAGCCGACGCCCGGAUCCGGCUGCAAGAGCUCCGGUUGCCACCGAAACCAACGACCACUCAGGCGCCGUACGUACCUCCGACGGUGAAACAACCAAGGCGGAAGCCGCACCAUCAAACUCAUGGCAAGUCCAGCCACGAUGGCAAUGGAAAAAGUGGCCAGGGCGGUAGCUUCAACCGGGAUAGCUACAUCAUCAAUCACAUCCAAGAGAACGACCUGCUCGGUGGGUUUGGAUCAGACGUGCCCCCCCGAGGAGGUCUCGCAGUGAACGGUGGCCUUGGUGGCUUUGGGUCCGGCGCGGGAAUAUACGGUGGAUCCGGAACUGGCAAUGGUGUCGGAACUGGGCCCGGCGCUGGUGCCAGCGGAAGUAACCUAGAGAAGGCACGCAACACCCAAAUGCCGGCGCCCAUCCCGUCACGGCAGCCACCCCUCUGGAUACGGAACAGCGGGUCGGCUUCGAGUACCCGCUGCGGUGGCCCAUUCGGGUUCGGAGCAGCCUGGUUCGAGGGUGGCUCAGUGCAUCAGCUUCCCCGGCGGGGAUUGGGUGCAGCUUUCGUUAGCUGUUGUUUGCUGAUAAUUUAUAGUCUGUUGAUGUUGCUGACAUUUACAUGAAAUUAUGUCUAUGGGUGUUAUCACUACUGUUAGGCUGCGUGUGUGCAUAUUAUCAUCAUUAUAAAUACAUCUUUAUAUAAAUCUAUGCAUAUUUAUACGUGAAGCUGGUAGGUUUUGGAAAGAGUGACUGGGAAACAGGCCGGGAGCGUGCGGUCGGCCGCAAUUAAACGGACUAUGAUUGGGGUUCGGUUUUUGGGUUCAAUAAAUAUCAAAAUAAGUGCGCACAUAUUGCUGACUGGUGCACUAUAUUUCUAUUGAAAAAGCGAGCGGUUAGCCAUCGCAAGUCGGGGUGGUCACAUUGUUUGGUUAACGAAAAAAAUGUGGCACUUUAUCGGAAACGAAUUUUCGAAAAGUUUCAUACAUUUUUGUUUGCUAAAUGGCAAUAAAAGUGAUUAAUUAUUAAACAUCGAAUGUCACGUUUUAGUUUUUUUGUUGAUAUUUAUUGUUUGAUUCAUCAAUCAAAUCGGAUAAUAUCCUCUUGUUUACAUUAUCGUCUAAUAUUAAUAAUCUGGUUAAAAUUGAAACAGAAUGAAACAGAAUGUUUCAAUUCUGGGAAACCUAGCUCAAAAGUGGCCCCAUAAAAGCCCCACCCGCCGCUGGCACCCGUUCAAUGGCUAAUAAAGACAGAAAAAAGAUAAAACAAUGAUGAUAGAGGGAAGCAUCCAUAUCCGGGUUAGAUCGGACGAGUGUGUGCCCAGUGUGAGUAACAGGGGAAACUAACAAACCCGCGUUUGGAAAUAUCAACAAUCACACAGCCCAUUCAUUCACCGCCCGUCCCCACGCUCGGUGGCGUGCGAACGGAUACAUCUAACUGAUUGCCAUUUAGUUUUAGUUUUUCGCAUAGAUGGACCACACCUUCGACCUAUCGGGACGGCACAGCCAGCGGCAACAGUUGGAUGGAUCCGGUCAGCCACAUCUGGUCCGGUUCCGCCCGUUCGCAGGUAUGUUGCUUUCGCACCACAAAGCGUCACCGGCAUCGUUCGGACCGUACGGCGCUGUUACAUGUCCACACUUUGCGGUACAUCGGUACGGAAAACAUCAACCAUAAAGGCUUCACAUCGUUCUUUAAUAAUACUGGGAUGGGUUCUAGAGGGAUUCAUUUAUUUCGUGUUUCCGAUUACGAGUUUGCUUUUUGUGCUAUAAGCCAAAUGCGGUAAAUGGUUAAUGUAUAAUCAAUGGAUUUUCCGAUAGAACCUCAAGGGGGGAUGCUGAGGAAGGCAGGCGAACAGUUUUUGAUACAAAUCAUCGUAAUUGUUUUGGUUGUACUACUGUGCCAUCGGUAGUCGGAUGCUUUGUAGGUGAUAUUCGGUAGGACUAUGCCGCUCAUUGUUUUAAUAAGUGCACUUCAUGGUUGAAUUAUAAUUAGACUUUGAUAAAACAUUCAGCACGAAAAAAGCGAGAACAAAACGCGAUGAAUAAACAUUAUGCAAAUCGGCACACAAUGGGUGACAAUUGAAUAACUGACUGGGGAUCUGCCCUGCCAGUGACAAUUACGCAUUCAUGAAUAUUGAAUAUCGGAGUUUUUUUUCUUUCUGUUAAAUGGUUCCGCUCACUAAUCCAUCGUCAACCCGGCUGGAUAAUGAUUCAUCCGUUUGCCCCCGAACGCCAGAAACGGAGGAGUUUCGGAGUAAUUGCCGAAAAACGCCUGAAAAGGGUCCAAAUCGUAUAGACACAGCGCAGCGAGAAUGCCUAAAAAACUUAAUUAAAAUUAUACCAUGAAAUUGCAAACAGGAAAAUUAAGCGAGGACGUUGUAAAAAUGACGCUCUCAUUCAGCCUGUAAGAGAGCGGAAAAUUAUAGGGCAAAAAGUGGUUCUUCGCUUCAUCAGUCCGGCGCACAGUGGGCGCGAGGCGGUAUUCGGCAAAAGGUUUUCGGGAUUGGCAAAGAAUUAUCAGCAAGGUUACGAAAAUGUUCGGACAUGUUUAAUCGAUUAUGUCAUACAACAUGGGCGGGGGUUAGGUUUCUGCUACUGUCUGAAUAAUUUAGCAGUUUUUAAAAUUUACUGCCGGUUCUCCAGUGGAUCGCGUGCAGUGUGCUUAUUUUUCACCAGGAAUUGUCUAUGGGUUGAUUUCAACAGUGGGUUUUAAUGUCAAAGCUUGAAGUUGUUAUAUGUUAUAACCGUGCGUUGGACGAAAUUACAAUUUAGUGGAUCUGGAUACUAUUCAGUAUAUCUCAAGAAGAAAAAACUGAAAAUUCUACCGUAAAAACAAAAGUGAAAAACUUCAUUGUAGAUUCACCAAACAACAUGGGCUAAUGCUUUAGUUUUUUUAAACAUGACAGAUUAUGGAUGUUAGUACUGCAGAAAUAACAAUUUUGUUACUCAAGAAACUGCCAGUGAUUUCUCUCUGCUGCUACAUGGAAUGGUGUUGUUAUUUUAUGAUUCCAUCAAAUUCAAUAGCGGAGGUUUAUCUUUAGUUUCUAUUGGAGAAAGAAGAAUGUACAUUCUUUUGGCUCUAGAAGAAAGCUAUUUUUAUGCAUUAUCGAAGGAUUACAGAGUUUAGGCUAAAGGAAUGGCUAUGAUUUCGUGUUGCUUCUUUCAGUGUGUUUCCAAGCAUUGUUACUAGUAGCUAGCAACAGUCAUUAUCAGGUUUGUUUCUCUCCUCAAUUUGUAGAAACAGCGAAGUUACAAUUCACUGCACACUUCUUCUCUGGCAUAACCGCUGCGUGUAGCCAUUUUUUGCACCGCAAUUCUUUCUUUUGCUUUGUGCAGUGCUUCUGCCGCUCGUAGAAAAAUAUGACUCACUUACACCACAGCCAAGCGAAACAAGAGUGGCGAAUCACUCUAGUGGUAAUGGACAUGUGAGAAAGUUCAAGUCUGAUCUUCCUCAACAUGAAGCGAUUUUUUGACUAUUUAGGAUUUUUAAAACCGCACUCGAAGUGAAAGAGUUUUAGGUUAUGAAAGAGGUACUAUUUUUCAUCUCCAUACUUUUUCAUCGUGACAGCCAAUUUGUGCAUCUACUUUGGUUCAAGUUGAGGGGUAACCUAACAUUGUAAAUAUAUUGUUAACUGAUGCUGCAUCGUCAUUUUUUUUAAAUUCACCUACGGUUUUGUCUUCAAAUGAAAACAAAAAGUGGAUACAAUUCACGGCGUAAAGAAAUUUUGACAAAUUAAUACACUAGAGACUGCAAGAAAAGAUGCUAUCCAGUAUAUACCCAAAUUUAAAAUUUUGAAGGUUCCCAGAAGCUUAUAGAAAUCCGCAAACCAUAUAGUAGAGCAAUAGAAAGCUUUAACCAGACAUCCCAAUGGUACAGUCUUUUUUAUUCUGUCUUCCGGGGGUAUUUUUUUUGUUUCUGUUUGUUCGUGAUACCCAUUAUCGCUGGCAGUCCGGUAGUCACAUUGAGAACGUAUUGGCAACAGAGCAUCACAAAAGGAAACGAAAAAUGUACUCCUUGUGUCGAUUCGGUAUUAUUUGGAGAAUGACUUCGGAAUUGCGAAUGUAGAAAAGAAAAGAAGCUGUUUUCUAUACAGACGUUCGAGUCUGCACUACACAAACAGCGCGUCUCGGUAACAGCCCUAAUACACCGGAGACAUUUUCCCUCUCGUUUUUUUUAUUUGCCAAUGACGGAUAUCGUGUGAGCAGUGAUGCCAUAGAUACAGGUUUAUGUGCAUUUAUACAGAUUUUUAACAUAUUCUUCACACAAAUACCUGCAUGUACAGAUUACAGGUUUUAUGGAAAUAAUACAGAUUUGUUUUGUUUUUUUCUGAGGUCGCAAAUUAAACUUCCUGAUUUAGUUGACAAACAAACAUGAACUCAAAUGUUGUUGAGGCUGUCACAAAAAAUCGAUGGUGAAAAAGUCAAAGUGCUCAGCCCUAAAUUGAAAGAUAAUGUUGUUUAUAGCAUUUUUGUAGAACAUUUCGACUUUCUAAAAAAUUGUUUUCAGGUUGCCCAAACGUGAUUUAUGAAAAAAUGACUUUUUACAGCUACAAACCCACUCUUUUGCACUUUUUUCAAUUCUCUUUGAUUCCUUAAUGUUUCUAUAUAUUUUUUUUUUGUGGGGUUGUUUUUGAAUAUUUCGCAAGGUUUGGUUCAGCAUCGCAUUCAAUUAUUUGACUCACAGAGCCCAUUGAACAUCACGAAAAAGUGAAUUUUUCUCAUAAUUUUCAGAGAAAACCUUUCAAAACACAUAUAAACAAUUUUUUUGAUCAAGAACUGAAAUUUUUACUGCAAAGCGGGAUUCAAGACGAAAAUUUACAUGAAAAAAAUCCUUGAUAUCUAAUCGGGGGGCUGAGAUAUUGGCCUUUUUCACAUGUGAUUGAAAACUAUACCUUUUCUCAAAAAUGUUAUAAAGCUCAAUAUCUCCAUUGCAAAGUGUUUUAUUUUGCCGUUUGUGCGUAUAAUUUCAUGAUAGUGAUUCAAAUGAUGAUUAUAGCCAUAAGGUAUGUUCGGAAGAGUUUCAGGAUAUUUAAAAAUGCAUCUUUUAAUGUAGAAAGAUGGGUGAUCAAUCCACCUGUGAGUGAGAUAAAAAAAUUACUUUUCAAUCAGAAUAAGAUAGACGCACGGUGUCAUUCUGUGCCGAACACGCAUCAGUACUGGACGUGUUUGGUGAUCGGUCCGAUAGAGCAUAAAACAAAAGACGUGUGAACAAGUGUUGGCAUUGUUUGCCUGGUCGAGUGAAAUAAAUCCGGGUUCAAGGUCGUUCCUUUGUGCAACUGUUUCGCAUCGUGACUGCCAGCUGGUGCGUAAGCCGAUUUGGCUGCUGGCUGGAUUGUGCUACAGCAGUGGACGAGACACAAACGAGGAAAAAGAAGAAGCCAUCAGUGUCAGCGAGUCGUAUCGCUGUGUGGAGUGAUCUCACACCUGGCUCGCUGCUGGUGGCUGUUUGGUGCUGCUGUAUUGGUGCUGCUGGCUGUAACGGCUGCUACUUCGAACGAUCGGACAACCAACCUUACUGGAAGGGAGAAAUAAAAAGGUACGUGUUCUUGUCAGCGCUAGUGCGCUAAACAUAGCGC